UGAUUGAGCAAACUAAAGAAACAUCCACAAGGAGUUGGUUAAGGGAAAAGAAAAAGAAAAGAACUCCAACAAUUGCCAAUGGCCAUACCUCAUUAUUCAUCUGUUUUUAUUCUCUCAGUUUUCUUCUUCUCCAACUUCCUCAUUAUACAAUCCUCCAAAACCAUCAAAACAGCUGAUCUAAUCUACAAAACUUGCAAGAAAAUCUCAAGAGAAGACCCUAACGUUUCCUUCAACUUUUGCUUAGCAUCUCUAAAACUUGCCGCCAACCAUAGCCGAUGCACCGACGUUCGCCACCUCGGCCUAUUCUCGAUCGGGUUCUUAUGUAGGAAUGUGACCAGCACGUACCACCAUAUCACAAAGUUGGUGAGGAACAAGAAGCUCGACCCUUUUGUUAAGUUAUGUUUGGAUGAUUGUUUGGAGCUUUAUACCGAUGCGAUACCAACGGUGAAGCAAGCGAUGAAGGAUUAUAAGUCGAAGAGAUACGACGACGCGAAUGUAGCUAUUAGUUCGGUGAUGGAUGCAGCAACGACUUGUGAGGAUGGGUUUAAGGAGAGGAAAGGGGUAGCUUCACCAUUGAAGAAGAGGGAUGGAGAUGCUUUUGAAUUGGGAGCCAUUGCAUUGUCAAUUAUGAGUUUGCUUGGUUGAGUCAAUUCAAAUAUUUCAUGACUUAGGUUUGUGUAAUUAAACGUUCUAAUCUAAUUUUUAUGUUUUUGUUUAGUAUUUAAAGAUUCACCUUCAACAUUUUUCUCC